UGCUGUGUAUCUUCUUCUCAGAAAGUUUGUAUCUCCCUUUUUGGCUCCAUGGUUGAACUCGCUUGCCUCUGUUCAAAUCUGUGAUAGCUUUGGACUUCAGCCUGUGUUUCUCUCUGUGUUGUUCAUGUCCUUCUGAGGUAGAGAGAGACACCGUGAGCGUUUCCGUUCAGAGACAGACAGAAAAGAAAGUGUUCAGAAAGAAGAAAGCACAACAAUGUCUUCCUUUGAUUUGUUACUGUUUUCUCUGAGCAGGGUCUUGUGUAGUCCCAUCGCGGUUUUCUUUCAGAUCCAGGGGUGUAUGAUUUGCUUAACACUUGCUCUUGGGUGGGCCUGUGCUGCUUAUGUGAGGAACAGAGAGAUCAAACAAAUGAAGGAUUGUAUGAAGAAUGGCAAUAGCUUUUCUUUCCUUUCUCAUGACAUUAACGAACUUGAGCACUCCUACCAACUCAAUCUUCCAAGAGUAACUGUGAUUAUGCCCCUAAAAGGGUUUGGAGAACAUAAUCUCCAUAACUGGAGGAGUCAGAUAACAUCUCUAUAUGGUGGUCCUAUUGAAUUUCUUUUUGUGGUAGAAAGUAUCGAGGAUCCUGCUUACCAUGCUGUAUCAAGGCUAAUAGCAGAAUUUGAGGAUCAUGUUGAUGCUAAGGUUGUUGUAGCUGAUUUGUCAACAACUUGUAGUCAAAAAAUUCACAAUCAAUUGGUUGGAGUGGAGACAAUGCAUAAAGAUAGCAAGUAUGUAUUGUUUUUGGAUGAUGAUGUUAGGUUACAUCCUGGAUCAAUUGGAGCACUCACUCGUGAGAUGGAGAAGAACCCUGAGAUAUUUAUUCAAACGGGAUACCCUCUUGAUCUGCCAUCUGGAAGCCUGGGGAGUUACUGCAUCUAUGAAUACCAUAUGCCUUGUUCAAUGGGCUUUGCCACUGGUGGAAAAACAUUCUUUUUGUGGGGAGGGUGCAUGAUGAUGCAUGCUGAUGACUUUAGGCAAGAUCGUUACGGUGUAGUCUCAGGACUUAAAGAUGGUGGAUAUUCCGAUGAUAUGACUCUUGCAGCCAUAUCCGGGGCUCACAAAAGGCUCAUUACUUCUCCCCCUGUUGCUGUGUUUCCUCAUCCCCUUGCAAGUGAUCUUAAUUUUGGAAGAUAUUGGAAUUACUUGAGGAAGCAAACAUUUGUUUUGGAGUCCUACACAACAAAUGUUAACUGGAUAAUGAAUCGUGCAUUGUUUACUACACACUGUUAUUUAUCAUGGGGAUUUGUAGCACCAUAUGUUAUGGCGAUGAUUCAUGUUGCAGCAGCCUUAAGAUUUUACAAUAAAGAGUUCUUUCCUGAAGAAAUUACCUACAGUUCUGGUGGGUUGUUAUUGGUGACCAUCCUAGCCAUAUGCACUCUUGUUGAACUUCUUUCAAUGUGGAACUUGACGCGGAUAGAAGUCCAGCUGUGCAACAUGUUGUCUCCGGAGGCGCCACAACUCUCCCUCGCAUCUUAUAAUUGGUGUCUUGUGUUCAUUGCAAUGCUGGUGGAUAACUUCCUAUAUCCCGUAUCUGCCUUCCGCUCUCAUUUUUCUCAAUCUAUCAACUGGUCUGGUAUUCGGUACUAUUUGAAAGAUGGGAAAAUUAGCAAGAUUGAAAGAACUCAAAGAAGCAAGGAUAUGGGUCCAGUUUUCACAGAUUUGGGAGGAAAACAUUUAUACGGAAAGAAAGGGAUGCCUACUAGAGGAUCAUUCCUGAGUUCUUUGUCCAGAAGUUUGGCACAAUGGCAUCAACCCAAGAAAUUUGAUAACUAGGAAACCUUCUCUUCUCUCAAUUUCCUUGCCUCACUCGGGAAGCUUGGGUGUUGAUAGAUCACAUUGGUCUCAAUUAUUGUUUGGUGCAUUCAUGAUUGAUUGUUUUAGUGUGGUAGGAAUUCCAGUUCCAUUUUUUCAUUGUCCAUUCAAUCCAUAUGAUUUUUUUAUAGCCCAGGCCUUCUCCCUUAGGGUUGAUUUUGUAAUUGUAACGGUUCGGUGAUUGAUUUAUGUAAUUCAGUGAUCAAGAAUUGCAGAAUUAUAUAGGUAGCCAUUUACAUCCACAUCCAGACAAUGGGUAAGAAAAACAUCUAGUUUAUUCUUUU